AUGUGUUUAUCGCUGACAGAGUGGAGAGUUGUUUCUAGCCUGGCUUUGGUCCAGUUUCAGUCGUUGUUUAUCAAUUGUUUGGGCUUAAAUGACUUCGCUGAUGUGGAAUUGUAGACGAUUGUUAUUGUUCAACUGCCUUCCUUCGCUGGUGAAACAUUGCAAGAAAUGUAGUCGUUUCCAGAAGCAACUUGUCUGUUCUUUCUUCAGUGGACCCCGACUCGGCCAAACUGGGAAUUCCAAACAAACCUUCAACCCGAAGAAAGCUGUUAUUCUAUCAAAGGUUACUCGAUAUGAAUACGAGAAAUUGUUGUUUGGCGAAGGCACCGAAGAGCAACUCAUUCAAAGUCUGAGAGGAAAGAUGUCUGAUUACUAUGGCUUGCUCCAAAGACACAACAUCCAUCAACGGUGCGUCCAAAAUAUUACAAAAUCACUCGAGGAUCUUGGAAUUGAAACAAAGGUUGUGCAACGAUUUGACUUUGACAGUAAUUUAAUCAACUGGGCUGAUAUAGUGAUCUCUGCUGGUGGAGAUGGUACUUUCCUUUCGGCUGCAAGCAAGAUUACCAACCGGGACAAGGCAGUUAUUGGAAUAAACACCGACCCUUCCAGAUCUGAAGGUUAUCUUUGCUUACCCAAAAUCAAAACCUACAACCUGAAAUCCAUGAAGGCCUCUUUUGCCAAACUUCUUGCUGGUGACUUUCGAUGGAAGUGGCGCCAAAGGAUUCGAAUAAGUAUGUCCGGAAAAUAUAUGUAUGACGAUCCUGUAGAACUUCACGAUCAACAACUACACUUUCAUGAACAUCGUUUCACUGAACACGUCAAGGAAAAUGAAAUGUUUAAUAAAAAUAAGUCUUUAACAUCAAAGGACACAACCCGUAUUUUACCCUUAUUGGCCCUCAAUGAAGUUUUCAUGGGCGAAUCUUUAUCAUCACGAGUUUCAUACUAUGAACUUUCUAUUGAUGAAGCUCCAAAAAUCAAAUUGAAAAGCUCAGGAAUAACCGUCUGCACCGGAACUGGCUCCAGCUCUUGGCAUUUCCAUAUCAAUCAUAUUCCACAACAAUCAGUUCAAGAGAUUCUGAAACUUGCCGGUAAAGUUGCCAAAUGUGAAUUGAAUUGGAGUAGUGAUACUGUCCGAAAGGUUACCGAAAGUUUCAACCAGUCUUUGUGGUUUGAUCCUGAAAUCCCUAAAAUGGCGUAUACAAUCAGGGAUCCUGUCAUGAAUAGUGUUUUCCAAAUUCCAAAUCCUCGUGGAUGUGUCCAUAAAAUCAAAAUCCAUUCUCGUAUGUGGGACGCAUGUCUUGUGAUCGACGGAGGGUCGUCAUUUACGUUUAACGACGGAGCUGAAGCCACACUUGAAAUACACGAAGAAGAUGCUUUAAGGACUGUUUCUCUGGAUUAAAGACUGACAUGAACUUUAUGCAUUUCUUUUUGUUCGAAAGUUAAAUUAUUCUGAUGUACAAUGACAGGUGUAAUGAAUAGAUUUACUAACGAGUCUAGGACAUUUACCCCUUAUAGACAAUAACACCCCAAAAACAAUUACCCCUGAGGACAACAGAUGAUGAUUUAAAACUUCUUGAUAUUUUGGAGAGGGGGUAAUUCUCCUAGGAGGUAGUUGUCGUUGGGGGCAAUUGUCCUAUGGAGGGCAAUUGUCCUAUGGAGGGUAAUUGUCCUGAUAUGUUACAGCAGUAUUUUGUUUCGAUCUGCCAGGUAACCAUGUCAAUCUGUGACUCAAGCAAUUGUUGUGUCUGGUGUUCGAGUAUAAGUUAUGAUUUAUUUUCUUUAAAAGAAAAAACAAAAC